AGCUGUCAAGGCCCUGCAGGGACUCCUUGGGCUCGCACAUUCCCUCUGGGCUCCUGCCACCGCUGGGUCAGCGGAGCCCGCGGGCCACGGAAGAAGAGGCUGGGAGGGCGCGCCACAGGCGAUCCCUUUCUGUCCGCCCUUCCUGCCCUUUGCAGCUUGACUUUUCCAGGCACCCUGGAGUCCCAAAAGGCCAGCACUAGCUCCUCGGAGGGUGCGCACCUGCCAGCCGCCCCUGACCUCCCUGAGCAGGCAGCCGCCAAGCCUGAGAAGAUGGCCCAGUCCAAGCUCGACUGCCGCUCACCUGUCGGGCUUGACUGCUGCAACUGCUGCCUGGAUCUGGCCAACAAAAGCGAUCUCCAGAAAAGUGGCAGCGGGGAGAACAAGCCGGGCAGCCCCACCGUGAGCAACUUUCGGCAGCUGCAGGAGAAGCUGAUCUAUGAGAACCUCAAUGCCGACAAGCUCAACAACAUAAUGCGGCAGGAUUCGCUGGAACCCGUGCUGCGGGACCCCUGCUACCUGAUCAACGAGGGCAUCUGCAACCGCAACAUCGACCAGACCAUGCUCUCCAUUCUGCUCUUCUUCCACAGUGCCUCCGGAGCCAGCGUGGUGGCCCUAGACAACAAGAUUGAGCAGGCCAUGGAUCUAGUGAAGAAUCAUCUGAUGUAUGCUGUGAGAGAGGAGGUAGAGGUCCUAAAGGAGCAGAUUCGUGAGCUCGUAGAGAAGAACACCCAGCUGGAGCGUGAGAACACCCUCCUGAAGACCCUGGCAAGCCCGGAGCAGCUGGAAAAGUUCCAGUCCCAGCUGAGCUCUGAAGAGCCAGCACCUGAAGCCCCGGAAAUCCCGGAAACCCCGGAAGCCCCCGAUGGUUCUGCGGUGUAAGUGGCUCUGUCCUCAGGGUGGGCAGAGCCACAACUUGUUCUACCUAGUUCUUUCCAGUUUGUUUUUUGGCUCCCCAAGCGUCAUCUCAUGUGGAGAACUUUAUACCUAACAUAGCUGGUGCCAAGAGAUGUCCCAAGGACAUGGCUAUCUGGGUCCACUCCAGUGACAGACCCCUGACAAAGAGCAGGAAUCUGGAGACUGAGUUGCAUGGGGCCUAAUAACCCCAAGCCAGUGAGCCUGUCAUGCCACCGGGCCCCAGGGGCUUUCAGGGCCUGGGCAACUUAGUUACAGCUGGCAAAGGAGAAAGUAGUUUUGAGAUGUAAUGCCAGUGUGCUCCAGAAAGUAUAAGGGGUCUGUUUUCUCAUUUUCAUGGACAUCUUCCACAGCUUCACCUGACAACGACUGUUCCUAUGAAGAAGCCACUUGUGUUUUAAGCAGAGGCAACCUCUCUCUUGUCCUCUGUCUUGCCCAGGCAAGGGCAGGGAUGGGAGAGAUUGAGCCAAGUCAGCCUUCUGUUGGUUAAUAUGGUAUAUGCAUGGCUUUGUGCACAGCCCAGUGUGGGAUUACAGCUUUGGGAUGACCGCUUAUAAAGUUCUGUUUUGGUUAGUAUUGGCAUAGUUUUUCUAUAUAGCCAUAAGUGCAUAUAUAUACCCAUAGGGCUAGAUCUCUAUCUUAGUGUAGUGAUGUAUACAUAUACACAUA